CUCUUUUUGGGUGUGGUGUUGAGCUCACAGUCACGCAGUGAUGACUCUCUCGACAUCUGUGAUUGAUAGCUGUAUAGUAUAAAAUUAUAACUAUAUAUAUAUAUAUAUAUAUAUAUAUAUAUUGGUAGUAAAUGGUUGGUCUCAGAUUUCUCAGAGUGGUGAGUCCAAAGAAGUAAUGGACCAUUUUGGUUAACACCGACACUACCAGACUACCAGUAAAUCACCAAAUUCCCUCUCUGUAAUCUUGUCUAGAUUGCCACAAUUCUGAUUCUGCUUUUGAGUUUGCCACAACCCAGAAAGAGAUAGAGAGAGAAAUUUUGUAUAUAUAUCUAUCUAAGUGAAGAAGCAUAGUAGAGAGAGAGAGAGAGUUCAAUCAUGGAAACCAACUCAGUUUCCAAAUGGGUGUUCUUGUUCAGCUUUGUACUGUAUUUGGGUUCUCAGAUGAUCCAUUGCAGUGUGACCUAUGAUAGCAAGGCCAUUGUCAUCAAUGGGCAAAGAAGAAUCCUCAUCUCUGGCUCCAUACAUUACCCCAGAAGCACCCCUGAUAUGUGGGAAGAUCUCAUACAGCAAGCUAAAGAAGGGGGUCUUGAUGUCAUUGAAACCUAUGUUUUCUGGAAUGUCCAUGAGCCUUCUCCUGGCAAUUAUAAUUUUGAAGGGAGAUAUGAUCUAGUUAGGUUCAUAAAGACUGUGCAGAAAGCGGGGCUCUAUGCUCAUCUUCGCAUUGGGCCUUAUGUUUGUGCAGAAUGGAAUUUUGGAGGGUUUCCUGUUUGGUUGAAGUAUGUUCCAGGAAUCAGCUUCAGGACAGACAAUGAGCCUUUCAAGAAUGCCAUGCAAGGGUUUACCCAAAAAAUUGUCAAUUUAAUGAAGAGUGAAAAUCUGUUUGAGUCCCAGGGUGGCCCCAUCAUCCUCUCUCAGAUUGAGAACGAGUAUGGGCCGCAAGGUAAGGCACUUGGAGCUGCUGGUCAUGACUACAUGACUUGGGCUGCAAAAAUGGCUGUUGGACUAGGCACAGGGGUCCCUUGGGUGAUGUGCAAAGAAGAAGAUGCCCCAGAUCCUGUGAUAAACACGUGCAACGGCUUCUACUGUGAUACUUUCUCUCCUAAUAGACCUUACAAACCAACCAUUUGGACAGAGGCUUGGAGUGGCUGGUUUACGGAGUUUGGUGGCCCAAAUCACCAGAGACCAGUUCAGGAUUUGGCAUUUGCGGUUGCUCGAUUCAUACAAAAGGGAGGAUCAUUUGUUAAUUACUACAUGUACCAUGGAGGGACGAAUUUCGGACGCUCUGCUGGCGGCCCUUUCAUCACUACCAGCUAUGACUAUGAUGCUCCACUUGAUGAAUAUGGUUUGAUCAGGCAACCAAAAUAUGGUCAUUUAAAGGAGCUUCAUAAGGCUAUUAAGCUAUGUGAGCGAGCUUUAGUUUCAGCAGAUCCCACUGUCACUUCUAUGGGGAGCCUUCAACAGGCUCAUGUGUUUUCAUCAGAAUCUGGAGAUUGUGCAGCUUUCCUCUCAAACUAUAAUACCAAGUCUGCUGUAAGAAUAAUGUUUAACAACAUGCACUACAACUUGCCUCCUUGGUCCAUUAGCAUCCUUCCCGACUGCAGAAAUGUAGUCUUCAAUACUGCAAAAGUUGGAGUACAAACGUCCCAAAUGGAAAUGCUUCCAAGCAAUGCUGAUAUGUUCUCAUGGGAGACUUAUAAUGAAGAUAUCUCUUCUCUGGAUGACAGCGCAACAUUCAAUUCUCAUGGUCUCUUGGAGCAGAUAAAUGUCACUAGGGAUACUAGUGAUUAUCUUUGGUACAAAACUAGUGUUGAUAUUGGUUCAUCUGAAUCCUUCUUGCACGGUGGCGAACUCCCAACUCUCAUAGUGCAGUCAACAGGCCAUGCUCUGCAUGUAUUCAUAAAUGGACAGCUUUCAGGUUCUGCCUUUGGGUCGAGGGAGAAUCGGAGAUUCGCAUUUAAAGGAAAGGUGAAUUUACAAGCUGGAACAAACAGAAUCGCACUGCUGAGUGUCGCUGUUGGAUUGCCAAAUGUUGGGGGACAUUUUGAGACUUGGAACACCGGAGUCUUAGGUCCAGUUGCACUGCACGGACUUGACCAGGGGAAAUGGGACUUAUCCUGGCAAAAAUGGACUUAUCAGGUUGGGCUGAAAGGAGAGGCCAUGAAUCUUGUCUCUCCAAAUGGUAUUUCGUCUGUUGACUGGAUGCAGGGUUCUCUGAUCGCUCAAAAACAACAGCCACUGACAUGGCAUAAGGCUUAUUUCAAUGCACCUGAUGGAGACGAGCCAUUGGCUUUGGACAUGAGCAGUAUGGGGAAAGGUCAAGUAUGGAUUAAUGGUGAAAGUAUCGGAAGAUAUUGGCUUGCAUAUGCUUCUGGUAAUUGCAAUGGGUGCGGUUAUUCCGGGACAUUUCGGCCUCCAAAGUGUCAAGUUGGCUGUGGCCAACCAACCCAGCGAUGGUAUCAUGUUCCUCGGUCUUGGUUAAAGCCGACGCAAAAUCUGUUGGUGCUUUUUGAAGAACUUGGAGGGGAUCCCACAAAAAUUUCUCUCGUGAAGAGAUCAGUAACCAGUGUCUGUGCAGAUGUCACUGAAUAUCACCCAAAUAUUAAGAAUUGGCAUAUUGAAAGCUAUGGAAAAGCAGAAGAGUUCCACAGACCCAAAGUUCACCUGCGGUGUGGUCCAGGCCAAUCCAUUUCUUCCAUCAAAUUUGCAAGCUUCGGAACUCCUUUGGGAACCUGUGGGAGUUUCCAGCAAGGAACAUGCCAUGCUGCUACUUCGUAUGCCAUCUUAGAGAAGAAAUGCAUUGGGCAGCAGAGAUGCGCGGUGACCAUUUCAAAUAGUAACUUUGGGCAAGACCCUUGUCCCAAUGUAUUAAAGCGUUUAUCAGUUGAAGCCGUUUGUGCCCCUAUCGGUUCUACAACCCUUCAGCCCAAUUCAAGGGGUUGAAAAGAUGGACUAAUGGCAGUGCACAAAUGUUGCAACUAGUGACUUUAACUAUACGUGCCGGAAAAAAGUAAAAGCAAUGAAAUGAGAAUAAAGGGAAAGUAUAGGUGAAGUUUGUUAGUCCUUUGGUGAAUGCCAUUGUUUUUCUGGAGAGAAGAUUCUGCCAAGGGUGUAUGGUAUUUAGAGGUAGGUAGAUUUAAUUUAAGAGGGGUUAAAGAGCCUCCAUAGAAAUAGUUGUUUUUAAGAUAGUGAAGUUUGUAGAUUCUUGGAGCUCUGCAUUGUGAGCUCCUUGAUGGAUGUCAAACCCUGGUGCCCAUCCUUUUAACCUGAAAUGGGUGCUAGGAAAGGCAUGGUCUCUGUUGUUGAGUAGUUGGUGUGAUUUGUUAGUUUGUUUGUAAAAUUGGGGGAAAUCAAACCCUGUUUAGGUUCAUGGUAGGAGUGGAUCCUAGUGUGACCUUUCUUUGCUUUGUAUGCAGUUCUUGGCGAUAAUUUAAAGGAACUUGAGUGUUGUCAA